CGCCGCCGCCUCCCCGGAACCUGCGGGCGGCGCGGAGGCCGAGGAGCGCUCGCUGCAGCACAUGCUGCGCGCCAUAGCCGAGGAGCGCGGCCGCCUCAGCCUGCGCCGCGAGGUCUGCGGCCUCGAUUUACCUACUCAACAGAAAUUUAUCCAUAACCCCGAAGUCGUCAGUACCUUUUUGGUGCUUUUGUGGUUAAUCGCAGACGUGUACAGAGUGGUGGGAAACUCUGAGUCACCCGAGGGUGCUUCAAGGAUGACCGCAUCGUCUUCUGGACUUGGAUGUUCUCUACCUACUUCAUGGAGAAGUGGGCCCCGCGGCAGGACGACAUGCUCUUCUACGUGCGCCGGAAGCUGGCGUACGUGGGCAGCGAGGGUGCCGUCGACGGGCGGAAGCUGGCUGAGGCUGAGCCCGAGGUGGAGGUGGAGGUGUACCGGCGGGACUCCAAGAAGCUGCCGGGCCUCGGAGACCCUGACAUCGACUGGGAGGAGAGCGUCUGCUUGAACCUCAUCCUGCAGAAGCUGGACUACAUGGUGACAUGUGCUGUGUGCACACGAGCUGAUGGCGGGGACAUCCACGUCCAUAAGAAGAAAUCCCAGCAAGUGUUCGCAUCCCCCAGUAAACAUCCCAUGGACAGCAAAGGGGAAGAAUCCAAGAUCAGCUACCCCAACAUCUUCUUCAUGAUCGACAGCUUCGAGGAGGUGUUCAGCGACAUGACCGUGGGCGAAGGAGAGAUGGUCUGUGUGGAGCUGGUGGCCAGUGACAAAUCCAACACGUUCCAAGGGGUCAUCUUUCAGGGCUCCAUCCGCUACGAGGCACUCAAGAAGGUGUACGACAACCGCGUGAGUGUGGCUGCCCGCAUGGCACAGAAGAUGUCCUUUGGCUUCUACAAGUACAACAACAUGGAGUUUGUGCGCAUGAAGGGGCCACAGGGCAAGGGCCACGCCGAGAUGGCGGUCAGCCGUGUGUCCACUGGUGACACGUCCCCCUGCGGGACCGAAGAGGACUCCAGCCCGGCUUCGCCCAUGCACGAGCGGGUGACCUCCUUCAGCACUCCCCCAACGCCCGAGCGCAACCACCGGCCCGCCUUCUUCUCCCCGUCCCUCAGGAGGAAGGUGCCCCGCAGCCGGAUGGCGGAGAUGAAGAAGUCUCACUCGGCCAACGACAGCGAGGAACUCUUCCGGGAGGAUGACGGGGGAGGUCGCUCUGGAACCCCGGGUUGGGGGGGGGCAUCCCUCAGGGUCUCUCCUUGUUCCGUGCGGUCCCCUCAGGGCUCACCUGCCCUCCCCGAGCCCGCGGGCCCGUCUGUCUGCCGCUGGGCAUCUCGGCCCGGAUGUCGCAGAGGCCCUGGUUCUCAGCCACUCAGUGUGCAGUGUCUCCUGGCUGGCCUGCACCUUCCCGCUGCUGCCUCUGUGCACGUGGGCCCCGCCGUCAGCCAGCCGUGCGGCGGGGCGGCGGGUCCGUGUUCGUCAGAAGAGCAGCGGGAAGCCAUCUGGAGGAGCUGGGCUGUGGCGUUGAACGGUCCUGACUGGCAGGACCCAGAGGCAGAGGGCCUGCUGGACGAGACCCUGGCCAGGGCCAGGAGACGCCGGCACUGGCCUCAACCUGCUCUUGACCGACCUGCACAAUGCCACCAACCUGCGGUCUCGGUCCCUGUCCGGCACGGGGCGCUCCCUGGUCGGGUCCUGGCUGAAGCUGAACCGAACAGACGGGAAUUUCCUUCUUUAUGCACAUUUAACCUACGUCACUUUGCCGCUGCACCGGAUUUUAACAGACAUCCUGGAAGUACGGCAGAAGCCCAUCCUGAUGACCUAGCCGUGUGCGGGGCCCACGCGGAGCCUCCAGCCCUGCCCAGUCCUGGGAGUGCUGCCAAGUGCCUACCUGUCCACCGUCACUGGGGUCUUCCGGGACCACCCAGCGCCGCAGCCGGAGCCAGGCGGGACCACUCGACUCCCGGGGCCAGGGCCAGCUCCACCAACACCAGCCCAAACUGAAGUGCCUCGUUCUCCUCCCCGCUGGCUCUGCUCCUGCCCACCCACCCGGCACCCUCAGCCCGUCUCUGGAGAACCCUCUGCACCCAAAGAGGACCAGAGAUGCCAAGAGGCAUAAGAGAGAGCAGAGGAGCAGCCAGCAUCCAGAGGGAGUCCAGCCCUGCGGACCCGAUGUACGCAUCCCGACAGGCGGCAGGCAGAGACCACUGGCUGGGGGCACGCAGUGUGUCAGACUGUCAGCACUUAAGGAACAGUGGUUUCAGAUUUUGUGACACUGUACCGAUGACCUUCAGCAUCCAAGUUAGUCCCGAUCGUCUGUCCUCCCUCGUUUACUCCUGGUUGUAGAUGGGUUUCCACGGGGAGCGGGGAACACGGCUGUCUGAUGGUUUUGCCCUGGGCUGGGAAUACCUCACCCCGUGCCCGGUUCCAGACAGGCCCCCAUCCUGCCAGAAUGGCCUUUGCUUCCAGCCAAAGAGCAUCACCAACACACACACCUCCAGCUUGGAGACAGCCACCCCAUCUGCGCCUCCGCUGGCGUGGCCUGCGGAAUUUGGAUUCUGAGGGCAGGAGAGAGUGCUUGGUAGCCGGGCAGGAGAAGGGUGGGGUCCCUGCCAAAGGGCGAGGAGGGGUCUGCAUUCUCCCAGGAAGGUUCCAGGCAGAACCUCCGUCCUCUGGGGCCAGGGGAGGGGAUAGGGUGUUUCAUCUUCCCUGGUUUCUUAGAGCGUAUUUCCUUUGAAUGGGCGUGCUGGUCCCAUUUCUCAGACCAGUCACUGAGGCAAAGGGGAACUGGCUUCCAUGUGGCUUGUCAGGCCCCGUUCCAGCUUGAGGGGUUUCCACCUGUGGUGACACAUUGCGCUCUUCUGAGAACCGUGAGCCCCCUGGAUAACAGAAGCGUUUCCCCUGCCCACGGGAAUAAGCCGUCAGCUGGGUCUCUGCUGCUCUGUUUUGCUUGCGUCCUCAGGAGUGUUUGAAGGGUUCCUGGUGUACUAGGGUUAGAGAGCCUCUGGGGCAGAAGACGGAGAGGAGGAGGGGCGCGUUUUCCCGUCCGUUUCCAUUCUUUGCGUUCUAAGGGUCUGCGUUGGGCUCCGGGAACCGGGGACUACUUUGGGGCUUCUCCAGAUUUUGUAUGCUGUUAUUAAAAGCGAGCUACUGCAUUUCAUUCUGCCUCAGUUUGCCCACCUGUCGAUGGGGCUGAUACCACCUACCUCACCGCAGUCUCCAGGGUUCCGGUGCACGACCGGGUCAGGUCGAGAUGGCCAGCCCUCCUGCAUAGCUCAGCUCAGGUCAGGUGGCAGACCAUCGGGACGCUUACCCUACCCCACACCCUGGUCACCAGGCCGGGGAGGUGAGUGGUGGGGUCGGGGCGAACGUUCUUGCGUUCUCUGACAGCGCCCGGCUCGUGCUCGGCUGCAUCUCAGCUCCCCGCACAGCUUCACGUUCCAAAACUGUCUUAGCGCAGCACAGAGCCAGGUCACGCCCCAGAGUGUUGGAGCAGAGAGCGCCUCAGGGAGCCGUGAGCCUGGCCCGGUGUUCCCAGGUGCCGGGUGAGUGUUCUCUGGGGAGCCCAGCUCUGCGGCCACGUCUGUGUCCGAGGCAGCUGAAUUACAGCUUUUCCUUCGGGCUCCUUUUCUUCCUGGUCUUCUGGGGUCUGAAGACUCUGGCUCAGUUCUUGGGAGAAAUGCAGUCCUAACGUAUCUGCCGCGGAGGGAUGAGGUCGUUUCGCACAUGCGCAGUGCAGCCGCCCUCCCCGUUCUCAUGGGGGAGGAGCCCGGGAAGGGUCCGCCCACACUGGAGCCAGAAAUCGGCUCCUCCUCAAACGAAAGUUCUGCCUCGAAGGGUAGCUGAGGGCCAGUUGCAAGGAACGCGUGAACGUGCUUUGCAGAGCUUAGACAUGCGGGCCACAGUGUCUGAGAGAUCACGCCUCACUGGUAAAGCGCGUGAACUUAGGUAGCACCUAGCGUGUGCAAGCACCGUGCUAAACGUUUAGCUGCUUGUCAUCACCCCCUUCUUACAGAUGAGGGAGCAGCCACACACGAGAGGUUGGGACAACAGGAGCCCAACCCAGGCGUCUGGCCCCAGUCGACACUGAGCCUCGACACCGUGCUGCCCCAGGACUGAUGCACGAACGUUCCGUGGAAUCGACCUUUCUCAGUCUUAAAUCCUCCAGAGGCUACUUCUGACACUGAAUUUAAAACAUGCUUAGAGGCACUUGGUAACUAGGCAGUAAGCUGUUACUCUGAGUUUUGCUUUUCUCAAAGUCACAAAUGACAUCAGUAACAGAGUGACAAGUGACGGGGCCAGAACUGAGACCCCGACAUCCCAGGGCGUCCUGGUGUUGACACAUCUUACUUCCUGUAGGGCCAUCUUUCGUUUUCUGGGAACAUGCCUGUCUCUUGUAUAAGGAGGGGACAGCCAAAGCGCGUGAACAUCUCUUAAACGGGAAUUGGAAUUAAAGUGCAGUUUUCCUUUGAAGAAACCUGUAACCUCUAAGCUUUUUAGGACAUUAAUAAGAAAGUUAUCUUCUUUUUAGAAUCAGACCCGUGUCUUCUCUGUUUCCAUCUCCUUCAGCACCCGAAGGUUCAGGCAGUGUUUAGUCUCCAUUCCGAUGUCUGAUGGAAGGAACUUUCAGUUGUCUGUGCAAACAGCGGAGGUUUGUUAUUUCAAAAGAAGGAUAUUAUUUUUAAGUAACAGAGAAGUAGUCAAAGAGAAGAAAGGGCAGAACAUUCUAAAGCCAGUCAACUUGGAGAUAGCGUGGGUUUUCUGGCGAGUCAGAGCCUUGCUAACGUUUGGGCUUCUCAAGGACUGUGAACAAAUCAUCAGAAAUCAAUUAGGUUUCUGUCAAUGAUAGUAACGGCAGACAGGCAUGUUCCUGAUGUGAUUUUUUUUUCAAAGAAUCUAGCUAGAAUCGAACCAGGACCUAUUUUUGCUGUUUUAAUCACAGACAAACUAGUCAGUAGAGAUUUUUGAAGAAUGAUGUGAAAACUAUUUCUUAAAAGACAUUCCAGAGGAAGUCCCUAUGCAGUUGGUACAUUCUAACGACUGACUUCUGAACAACAUUCGACAUUAUUGUAAUGAGGGGGUUUUAAAUUGCUGGCCAAAAUUCUUCAAAGAGUUACCUUGAAAAUAUAGAUUUACCUAUAAAACUGUCAACUUUUUAAUGCGCCUUGGUGAUAGGUUUCACUCUGAUAAUUCUGUUCAGUUUUCCAACGUAGCUGGAAUUUAGUUACAAAACCAAGUGUCUUUUGCCAGUACAUUGAUUAUUCCUGUGCAGGCUUUCUCUCUUCUGUGUAUCAGACAGCAGAAUUACUUCCCUUCAAAAAGAUAACCGCCCUAAUGGGACACAGACUCCGACAGGAAUGUGAUGCUGGCCGACAUCGGGCCCUGGACCUGGAGUGGAAGUAGCCUCUGGAGGCGUUAGCAGUCCCCCGGAAGUCGGGUGAUGGGUGCACCGGGGCUUCUUACCUUUGUUCCUGUUCACUGACCGACGUGAUCCUCAGCGGAGAAGGAAUCCUGCAGCCCUUCGUCUAAGCCCCGGGAACAGACAGCCCUGGACAACUCCUCGGGACACCGCACAGAAGCCAAAUCACUUGAACACCGAGUGGCCUGGGGCUGGGUUCAGAGUCCACAGCGGGUAGAGCCUCAGAAGCAGAGGCAGCCAGCCGCGUGGAGCCGUUGGUGUGUAGUUUUCUACUCUUCCCAGGGCAGGCGGGCAUCUUCGUGGCUGCGGUUCCAGCCCUGAGCUCAGUAGAUGAAAACCAACAGCGACGCUCCAAUGCUGCUGAGCGGCUGCCAGUGUCGUCUUUAGUCCCCACUUCCUAGAAGGUUGGACGAUUUAGGUGUAAAUAGCAAUCUUUUAUGGUCUCCAAACGAGUUCUGUGUGUGAGAAUAUGUAAACCUACGAAGAAAACCUGUUGAGAUUUUUCACUACUUUGAGGCCUAACUAAAAUGAUUUCUACAAAAUAUAUUUUAGCAGAAACACCAGGACAGCAUACAUUGGCUAUAUUAGGAUCUAGCUGGCAGUGCUGUUUCCAUAAGCUCUGUCAACAGCUUCUGGAUUAACCAUCUUCCACAUACAAUAGAAAUAAUUUCUAAGCAGUUGUUUGUGUUCGGCUGCUAGCUGGGCUUUAUGAUUUUACAUUUCUUUUGAAAGUUGAUUUGCAUGUUGGGUAUUAUUUAUUUCUUCUCUGAUGAAUCUGUACCUGUUUUUUUCUCCAGUGGGUGUUUCAGAUUACAGAUAUUACAGCAGUGUGCUAAUUUACUGAUUGAACCUUAAUUUCCCCCUAGAGGUGUCUUAAACUUCCUUUGGAGCUUUCACACCCUGGCUCUGGCAGGCCUGGGCGUCAGCGAGGGGUCUGGAGGCCAGCAGCUACAGUUUGGUCAGACGCUGUAUUUGCAAAAUGAAACCAGAGAUUGUUUCAGGGUCAGCUCUCUCAGCCCCUGUGAAGUCAGUUAUAAAAUUCCCAAGCCUUUGCCAGAGAACCUCUGCAAAGGCCCUGGGAGAAGUGGGAAAGUGACUAGAAUAAAAGGAGUCCCAAGUUCCUGUUCUGGCAGGCUUCGCAUGAGCUACUGGUCUUCUGGAAGGUGGCUUUGGACCGUGGCUGGCUGUUGCCUCCCAGCCCCGGUUCAUCGGGUUGACACCGAGGAUGCUCACAGCCCCUCAGGCUGACUCUGCCAGAGCCUCCUACUCCGGUUCCUGCAGGUGGAAGCACUGCUCAGGCAGUGGGCUUUUUCUUUCUGUGGUCAGGUGUACUCUUACGUCAUAGGGUGAUGGGCACAAGUAAGGCCUAAGACACUGUAGAAGGUUAUAGAAAAUGACAACAAAAAGGGGGGCAGUCUGCGAGGGACACUCCACAAAUCUAGAAAUAGAGUAAAGGUCAUCACAGCACAUCUCUCUCAGAAACACCGGAGCCAGGAUUCUCUGAACUGGCGUCACCAAGGGUGGCCUGUCCUUCGGAAGGCGUACAGACGACACCUAGAAAGGAGGCAGUUUAGUAGGUGAAAAAGGUGACUUCUUUCUCACCCACAUCAGCCCCCUUGUUGUUAAUAGUGAGGAGGUCCUUUUAAGACAGUCACCUGAUUAGUAGAGGUGGGGAGACAGUCUGUACCCUGGAAGCUAUACCUGCAGUAACUGCAUUCCUGUUCACUGCUUACUCUUGAGGGCUAUGCUGCUGUUUGCGUUUUUAUUCUGACCUAGAUGCACUUUUAGGAACUACUGUCAUGCCCUGGCUUAGGAAAAAAAUGUUGACUGGAAGGGAAAACCUUUGGGAAUUUUAUACCGGCAGAAAGGGUAAGUGUAAAGUAACUGACUCCAGACAAUAACACGGUUCACUGUAUAUAUACGUGUUGGAUGUGUAAACAUGCUGUACUUCGUGCUCGAUUGUUAAAAUGACAGAACAGCUGGAAAAUUUAUAUGAGGAAGGAAAAAUAUUUGUUCUGGGGAUGAUUAAACAAAAGAUGUCUUUGCUUUUGCCCACAGCAACAUUAAAUUCCCUCCUGACUUGGCCUCCACGUAAGCCAACAGGCUUAUUAACAAGAUACUUCCUUCCUAUUUGUGGGUUAAGGGUCUUUCAUCCUGGAACCUGACUUUAAUAAAACAAUUAGACUGCUCAGUUUGAAA